AUGAACCACCAACGCCCGUCGGUUUCUGGCGGAACGUCCUCCACCGCUGGAACCAACGGCAACUCGGUGACUACACCAUCGUCUAGAAGAACCAAUUCCUCUUCUUCUUCACUAUUGUCAUCUACUAAACACACACCAUAUGAAGAUCCCAGCAUCAGUCUCAUGACUCCCAAUCACAAAACAACAAAUACAACAGCAGGACAAACCAAGUACUUCACCAAUAACCAUUUUUCCCGGUCGUUCAACAGCUUGAUCUUGGACGAUAUCAAAGACGAGCUCAAUCCACAUCCCAGCGGGGGCUCUUCUCGUAAAAAGAUCAACAAGUCACCUCCAUUCAAUGUAAAACAAGAUUACUAUGGAGACAAAAUCGACGCCUAUCUUUUCGAAGAUGCCACAGAAAUAGACGGAAUGAAUGAUGACAACGACAACGAUAUAGAAAUUGGUCAAGACGAUCUCGACGAAGAGGACGAAUUUGAUGAUGACGAUGAUGAGUAUAAGGACGAAGAUAACGAUUACGAAGGACCCUUCUCUUCUACAUUAAGCAUCAUCAAACCCAAACGAGAAAAAGUACCAAAGAAACUGAUUCCCCAAAACUUGGUAACGAAAUCUAAACCGAUAGAUGAAACCUUAUUGCAUUCCGAUGAAGAAUCAGAAAAGCUUAAAUCGUCACAACAGUCUUCUAUAAAGAGAUCUUCCAAGUUCCUCAACUUGUCUAUAGAUUCGAAUUUCAAAGCGUUGAGCAAUAGAGUCAUGGAAGACAUAGACUCCAUAAGCGACUUGAACGAAAUCGAUUCCUCCAUUAUCGGAGCCGUAGCCCAGUCACUGAAACUACACACCAAAGAACAUACCCCUAUUAGCUUGAGUCCCGUGGCAACAAGAACACCUUUGCAUCUUAACAACACCAACAAGUUCAAGCGACCCCAUAAGUUGGUCAGCCAGUCUCCAUCACCAUCUUCCAAUAAAGGUUCAUCUACCACACUCUACCAACUUAGUCGCUCUUCACCUGAAAGAGUGCUACGUCACAAAAGCAGCGCACUCGACCAAGCCAAUCUCUAUUCGCCCUCGAAGUUAGGAAUGAAAGGUUUCAAGAUGUUCAAAAACGCCAAUCGAGACGCCAUAAUAUCACCUAAUAGGUCUACUCCAGAGAAAAAGAUAUCAACCAUUUUUGAUACCAAGAAUGAUCACUCUACUUCAAAGUUAAGAAAGACCUCAUUAAACUACAACAAGUCUCCUUUCAACAAGCCAAACUCGUCACCUCCAAUACCCUCACUAGAAUACUACAAUGUAGACGACUUAGAUGUUGAUAGUCCUUCCAGAAGCAGGAAGUUUUCUAAUUCUUCGAGCAACUCAAUUAUAAUAUAUCAAGAUGCAAAUGAGCAACAUAAGAAGAAGACUCUUUCAACCUUCCACACCACAUUGCCUCCAACGGCACCUUUGCGUCCAGACUAUGAUGAUAAAGAGAAUAGAAACUCAUAUCGUUUUGUCAAACCUCUUCAAACAGCUUUCAAAUCAACUGGAUUGGUGAAGAAGAACUGUGCAAAUACAGAAUCACGAAAAUUGCCUCCUGAAACUCCAGUCAAGAGGAAUCCACUUAUGAUAUUAAACACCAACAAGCCACUAAGCUCACAUAGUCUCACCAACAAUACUAUGGGCUUGGAAGGACUUCACGAGGAAAACCUGGAAGAGUCUAUUGAAAUAGGUAGAAAUAACUUGUCGUAUAAUUCAGGACUCAAUGAGUCUCAAACAAGCUUCUUUCGGAUCCCUUCAAGUUCAGCUCCAAACAAGGGACAUAUCUUGACCAAGGAAGAAAUAGAUAUGGAUUUGGGCUCAGAUGCUGAGCUUGGUAUACCAGAGACUCCAACCAAGUCAGUCAAGAAGUCACAUUCCACGCCAGCCAAUUUCAGUCCUUUGCAUUUGCUUCAUCCUCUUAAACCACCAUCGCUCAAGUUGUCAAACGAAGAACCUUCUACGCCUACUAAUUUGGUAUUUCUUGGUAAGGGCGUAAAAGUAGACGCUAAGACCGAAGAUCGAACUAUAAUGCAGAUAAUGAACCCUGAUGAUGAUACAAUCACGAGUUUCAAUCAACUGCAAGAAGUUAUUAAGCCGUCCAGAAUAGACGAUCAUUUGGUGAAUAAGUUCGGAAUGAAAAACAUCAAGUAUGUGGGCAGCGGGGAAUUUUCUAUUGCUUACGAGUGUCUUUUCCAGGACCAAAAGUUUGCUAUUAAGAGAUCUAAGAAACCCAUAGUCGGCAAAUUGGAGCGUAAAACAAUUAUGAGAGAAGUCGAAGCUUUGAGAGUGUUGACUUCUGUCAAAGAUAAUGAGAAAUUGAACUUACAGGAACAAGAAGAAGGGAAGGAGUACCUUGUAUACUUCAUUGAAGCGUGGGAAUUCAACAAUUACUAUUACAUCAUGACUGAAUUCUGUGACAACGGCACUCUCUUUGAUUUCUUGGAAGAGAACAAGAAUUAUAAGAUAGACGAGUUCAGAAUCUGGAAGAUAUUGAUAGAAAUUCUCAAUGGGUUGAAGUUCAUUCAUCUGAAGAACUAUCUUCAUCUAGACUUGAAGCCGGCUAACAUUUUUGUUACAUUUGAAGGAUCAUUGAAAAUUGGAGACUUUGGUUUGGCCACCAAGUUGCCGAUUUUAGAAAAAGACUUUGACUUGGAGGGAGACCGCAACUACAUUGCUCCCGAAUUGAUCAACGACAAGAUAUAUACACCAUUUGCCGAUAUCUUUAGCGUUGGGUUGAUGAUCUUGGAAAUUGCUGCCAACAUCAUCUUACCGGACAAUGGUACGCCAUGGCGGAAGCUACGUAGUGGAGAUUUAAGCGAUGCAGGGAAGUUGUCCAGUGACAAUAUUAGCAUUUUUUUGCAACAUCAAAACUUUUCAUCUACGACGUCAUACAAUACGAACGAAAAGAAUUUGCUCACCCCGAAUGUACCUACAGUUGCAACCAGUGGUUGUAGUACUUCGACCAUACGCAAUAUUCGCGACUUGAUUCCAGCGUGGGCUCCGGAAUUUCUAAUCAGUGGAGAUCUGAUGAUCUUGGACAAGUUGGUCAACAAGAUGUUGCGCCCCAACCCAUUUGAUCGUCCCAACGCUACAAUGAUUUUAGAGAUGGACGAGUGUGUAACUAUUGAAAAUCUUCGCAAGGCUGGAGCAACUAUCUUCGAAGGAGAGUUUGGUCCCAACCCCAACGACGACGAAGAAUAG